AUGAUGUUCAGCAAGCCGCAAGCGACUAGCGCUUUAGCCCAUUUGUUUCAAAGCAAUACUUGGUUUAGGAGCUGCUCUAUCGUCAUCUCAGUGAAUCUAUCGAAGGCCCCUCGCUUAUUGAAGCGGAUGUUGCCUCUAGAUAGGAAAGAAAAUUCCUGGAAAAGGCGCAGCGACAGAUGCAGGGCGUUGAAUGUUCGAAGCGCAGUGAUAAGCGUUCGGCUUGAGCCGAAAAAGAGCCACGAAAUUGUACGGGAAGAGACUAGUGCUUUCACAAGCAACUCCAACCUGUCACAUGAAGCUUCGAGUGCAUGGGAUGAAUGGAAACGCGUCGCUCAAGACUUCGAAAGAGUUAAGAAUGGGGCUCAAGAUGCACGCUCAAGACUUGCCGCUCUUCCCUUUGGGAGAAAAAUUGUAAACACGGGUCUGGAAUACUAUACUGUACACAGCGCCGAAAUCGACCCACGUUUCCCCCUCGAAGGAUUCACAGGUCGGUCAAGAUCCGCCUACGUCGAUUGUCCACGAUUGGGGACCGCAAGACAGAAGCAAUUCCUUGGAGCUUGGAAUAUUGUCAGAGGUCUUUUGUGUGUGGCGCUUCUGUGGGGCAACGUUGGUGACGACGCGGUACAUGACCAGGGAAUCCCUAGUCUGCGAGUAUUCACUUCCAGAUAUACAAAAAUCAUGGAAGUUUUACUCAACCGCCUCCAAGAACAGUCGCCGUCGGAUCUGCCCGCUUGGAUCUACAUCACUGAAGAGGCCGUCUCAGGAAUUAUCGACCGCUCAAGUAUUGGGACACCAAUAUAUCUCAUGCUUCGCCACCUGGCUAGAACGGCCAGGACUCCUGUUGACCAUUCCCACUUCCUUAACAGCCCCGGCAUGGCAUCAAACUUUCUCGACACCUACCACAAACGACAGGAAGAGAAACGGGAACAGUUUCGUCGACGUUAG